CACUUUCUUUUUUAUAUAUCAUUAUAUACAUAUCCACAAACAAUGUCUGACUCAAAACCAAUGUUCCUUUCCGUUGAUGAUGAACGAAAGCUUACCUACGACUUGAUGAGAAGCACCGACGAUGCCUCUGAACCAGCUGUUGCCAAAGAAGUCAGACAUCCUCACCUUCAAGAAAUCAAAGAGACUCUCUAUAGUCUUAAGGAAAGCGCAAAGAACACACUGGCUGGCCAUGGUGAUAGCACACAGGAGAAAGUUCCUCAAGAUGGCAAAACAAACCCAAUGGAGUAAAAAAAAAGACACAUCUUCCUAAUCCAAAUCUAUACUAUACAAUAUUUCUCAUUUCAUCCCAUAUCAUUGCCUGUACAUAAACUGACAAUCAACUCUAUAUUGUGUCAAAAAUAAAUGAACAACAAUCU